AUGGAAACUUCGGUGUUUAAGCGGAGCAGACGAAGCUCCAUGACACGCGACCUGAAGAGUGGUCUCUCGCUCUGGCUGGUGGUCUGGCUGGUGGUGGUAAAGCCCGCUCCCGUGCAGGGCUGUCCACACCUCUGCGUUUGUUACCCCAGCCCCAUGACCGUGAGCUGCCAGGCGCAGAACUUCACCUUGGUGCCCACCGGCGUUCCUUACGACUCCCAGCGCGUCUUUCUGCAGAACAAUCGUAUCACUGAGCUGCGAGUAGGCUCUUUCGGUUUCGGGACUCAGGUCCUGUGGCUCUUCUCUAACAACAUCACCUGGAUUGAGGCUGGUGCCUUCAGCGAGCUGCGUGACCUGGAGGAACUGGACCUGGGUGACAACCCUCACCUGCGGCGUCUGGAGGGCGGAGCCUUCCGUGGGCUGGAGAAGCUGCAGAGUCUCCACAUGCACCGCUGCCGACUGGCCGCCCUCCCCCACGACAUCUUCCACAAGCUCUACAGCUUGCAUUACCUCUACCUGCAGGAGAACCAGCUCCACUUCCUCCAGGACGACCUGUUCGCUGACCUGAUCAACCUCAGCCAGCUCUUCCUGCACGGGAACCGCAUCCGCACCCUGUCCGAGAACGUGUUCCGUGGCCUGGUCAACCUGGACCGCCUGCUAAUGCACGACAACCGCAUCCGCCAGGUCAACCGCCGCGCCUUCCGCGACCUGGGCCGCCUCACCAUGCUCUUUCUGUUUAACAACUCCCUGGCCGAGAUGCCCGGUCAAGCCAUGCGUGAUAUCGAGUCCAUCGAGUUCCUGAGGCUCAAUAACAAUCCCUGGGCGUGUGGUUGUGAGGCACAGCCGCUCUGGGAAUUCUUCAGGUCGAACCGGCUGUCCAGCUCCGAGCUGAUCUGCGCUUCUCCCGCUGCCCGUCGUGGCUUGGACCUCCGCUUCCUGCGUGAGAUGGACUUCGCCCUGUGCCCCCUGCCAGACCCCGGUUCCCUGGCUGGAACCACCACCACUACCUUCAGCACCAAGACCCGCUGGUGGUUCUCCAAGCACAAGCCGGUCAGCUCCACCAAGGGCAUCUUUGAGAAAAGCUCCGAAACCGUGAAGGCCCAUCCCUACUCCGGCGGCAAACCCUCAAUUACAUCAACGUCUACAAAGUACGAGCUGGGCGAGGAAGAGGCGCUGCUUCCCAAGCUGGAUCCGGAAGAGUACUGGGCCAACUACGGCAAUGAAGACGCCGGCAUCACAUCGCUGCGCUGCUUCGAGCUGGAAUGCCCGCCCGACUUUGACACCCUUCCGCCGUUUUCUUCUUCCUCUUCUUGUUCUUCUUCCACUCUCUUGCUGCUCGUUUCGUGCAUUCUGACUGUAUGUAUCCACCUCCUGUUCGGCUGAAUGUCUCCGCUUUAGUGAGGAAUCUCGAUUCCCCGUUUAGUCUUCGCCUCUAUGGAGGAAAGAAGACCCCGUUUACUCAACCUAACUCUCGAACACCUGAUUCCUUCCACCUUUACUGUAUCUCUGUUCUGUUCAGUUUGAGCCUCUAGAAGCUGCAGGCAGCUAGAGGGCGCUAUACUGAUUUAGGAUACAGUAGGAAAAUAAAAAAACAGGGAAUCCAGGGCGGGUACUGCUGUGCAGGCCAUUAAUACAAUGGAAGGGAACGAUAGGUACUACCGGGGGGCUCGGUUAGUCAACAGGUACGCUGUCCUCCUUCCUUGUGGACGCUUCAUAUAUAGCACAGUCCGUACGGACUGCGGAUAUAUGGUUCCGUUUUAGGGUUUGUACAACAUUUGUAUACUUCUGCCUUUUUUGGCCAACAUUAGUGCUAACGCUUGUGAUGGUCCCAUGACUACAACUUUUAUCUUUAAGCAACAAACACUGUUACUGUACUCAGAACACACCGAUUUCAGUGCCAUCAUGGCACCACUCAUAGUAAUGUUAGAUAGACAUGUUUUCUAAAACCAUACUGGUUUUAACAGUCGUAUAGCUAUCGCAGGUAUCAGUGAUAUCUAAAGAUUCAGGGAGAUCAGACCAGACAGAUGGAAUGUAAAUGCACGAGGACAAACUGUCAUAAGAAGCAGGUGGUAUGAAAAAUGAAAGCCAGGAGAGAGGAGUUAUGUAAGAGAGAGAACGCGCGAGAGAGAAAGAGCGCGAGAGAGAACGAAACAAAUACAAACACGGUUAUCUGCUCUUGUGCCACGUACCGACUAUCACAUCAUCUAGAUAUACUGUACUAUGACAUCAUAAUCAAAAGAGCUGUGCAUAAUGCAAAUGACCUUUGUGCUUUCCUGUGUGUGUGAAUGGAACGACGUUAAACCUUGUCGUACGAGUUUGUAAUUUUUUAAACAGAUUGACUUGCUGUGUUGUUUUUUUUCCUGCUUUAUUUUUCAAAUAUAAAGACCUUUGUGUACGA